AUGUCAAACAACUUGGCACUUCAAGAAUUUCUAGCGGAGAACCCAUUGCGUCCGAUUCGGGAGCGCUUCCAAACUAAUUAUAAGAAAGAGGAUAAAAGAGCAGCUCUCAGAGAAUUUAUCUGUGAACUGAGUCCAUACGCCAAAGUGAGUGGCAGCCACAAUGGAUCACUAUUAAUUGAUUUGGAUUUCUACGUGAAUGGUAUUUCGAACAAACAAUAUGAGCUCUCUACUUUUAACCAUAUCAUUUACGCUAUCGAACAAGAUUAUGAAGAUCUCUUCAUCUUGCAAACUUGCAGUAACCUCUGCAGAAUCCUAUCAUUUGGCAUACUUCGAUCUGUUCCUUUUCAGAGAAUCAUAGCCUCAAUCACUGACAGCAGUGAUUUCUAUUCACGCAAAGUUCCAGAACGUUUUAUUAAUUUUCCUGCAAGACCCACAAAAGUGAUCGAAUCGGAGCUUGGAACCAAAACGUUUACAUAUGUUUCAAGUUUCUGGGAUAGAUUUUUCGAAGGGAAAUCUUGGUCUGAUCAGACAAAGCGUAUUUGGGAGAGCUAUGAAAACUAUAAAAAUGACACUAACCCCAAAAACUUCCCUCUUAGCUUGGCUGAGCAAGGAAUAUGGGAUUGGGUCGCUUCAUUUAAUAAUCUAUUUUUGAGCCAGCUUUCGGGAAUUCCAUCGCUACCAUCCGAGCGAUUUCCCACUCUCGUUCAAAAAGAGAAUGAUCUCUCGCUGCGGGGAAAAAUAUCCCUUUCAUCAAAAAUAGGAGGAUUCCCUGAAGAUGAAAAUCAAGGACAGAUUGAUUUUCACAUUACAGGUAUUAGGUGGGAUCGUAAUUUUCCUGCAUGGAAAAAAGUGCGGGCGCUCGGCGGGCUUUCUGGAAAACCUGUAAGUUAUAGAAGGAAGACUAGGUUUAUCCAACUGGCAGCUUUCGUUCGGGAAAUUUUUAAUCAGCAACCAGUCAGGCGGUUUGUGCACGGGUUCUACGUGUUCGACAAGGUAAUUGAAUUCUGGCUGAUUGAUCGAACCGGUGCAUACAGCUCGGGCUUUAUAAGUAUUGAAAACAAUGAGCAAGUUUUAGUUCGUGCCAUCUGCUCAUAUCUACUGAUGAGUGACGAAGAAGUGGGUCUCGAUACAACGAUUCGCAAAGUUGAUGGACGGUCCAUUAUUACAAUCUCUGAUGGUGAGCCUGGGCAGACUAGAGAAGUUGAGAUAGACCCUAAACCUGUCGGCCAGUCAUCUAAUCUGGUUUCACGAGGUACCACCUGCUACCGCUCAGUUGACGAGAAAUUACUGGUCAAAUAUUCAUGGCACAGGGUUCACGGGAAAUCCGAAAUUGAUUUACUGAAAGAAGCUCUCCAGGUCAAGGGUGUAAUCAGUCUGGUGGCAUCAGAAACAAUAUACAAGCGGAGUGAUGUCUGGGAAGAUUUAUCAGCUUUUAUUCCUAAAAAAUGGUACACGAUGGAACACGAGAAAUCGUCAAAGGACUCUGAAGGAGGGGAAAUAGACAAGUAUAAGACAUUGCAUGAUUAUGAAAUGACUAGAGCCGUUAUGUUACCAUACGGACGGCCUCUUAAAUCUUGUACAUCGGUAUUACAAUUUCUUGUUGUCAUACGAGAUGCACUUAUGGGGCACCGUGGCCUAUAUAACAAGAAAAUUAUUCAUAGCGAUAUUUCCGACGAUAAUAUCAUUAUAGUGGCACCAACAGCGGACGAUAGAUCAAGAGGAAUGUUAAUAGACUUGGAUCUUUCAAUCUCGGACCACGACACUUGUAACACGAGUAUACGUGAAUAUCCUGUGGGCACAUCAAAGUUCAUGGCUCUUAGACAAGUGAUGAUGUGGGUAGGAAAUAUAAUCGAGCGGAAUUAUAACUUCAAUUCGUCUUAUAUUUUCGACCUAGAAUCGUUUUUCUACGUGUUUCUAACAGGAUGCGUUGAAUAUGGACGAGACCCUGAUCUUCCAUUGCACAACUUAAAUUCAUGGCGGGAAAAGGACGUAGAUGAUACACUUGAAAAUAAGCUUGAUGAUAUCCAGACGAAUUUUGAGAACUUCAUCAAUACCAAGCUCUCAAGUAGUUUCGUUGAUUUCAAGAAUUUGGCCCUAGAGCUGCGUAAGAUAAUGUUUGGCAAUACUAGAUAUUGUUCCAAACACCUCUGCGACUCUAAUUUGGUAUACAAGGAGAUGAUUAAUGCAUUUAAUAGAACGAUUGGACAAAUUGAAGAUUUUGGACGGAGAAGAAGAAUCAACAAUAUAAUUAUACCUGGCUAG